UUCUGGCGUCAGUCGCAAAGAUGCGCAUCUCAGAGGCGGUAGGGGGGCAGGAUAAACAUGCAGAGACCGCGCUAGCCGAAGAGGGGCAGGAGGAUAAUGGACUUCGACGUCGACGACCUGUGUGGGUGGCGGCGGCGAUGCUGGCUGCCUCCGUCGUCAUCAUCCUGGUCAUCCUGGCAGGAGUGUUGUACUUCGCAGACAUUUCUUCAAUUUGCGGGCCCGACGACGCGCUGGAGGUCUCGGAGGACGUGUCACGGACCAAGUACAGCUCGGAGAGGCACAUCGUGCCGCACUCGUCCUGGAGCCUGCGGCCGCAGCGCCAGACACUGCAGCUGGCGCACCCGACGCCGUACGUGGUGGUGAAGCAUACGGCGGGCGGGCGCUGCUUCGGCCUGUCCGAUUGUACGCCCGUGCUGCAAGCCAUACAGGAGCUGCACUGGCAGAGGUAUCAGCAGCCGGAGAUCUCCUACAACUUCUUGAUCGACAGCAGCGGCAAUAUCUACGAGGGCCGCGGCUGGAACGGCACGAACACCAGUAAGGGUUUCGUGUUGCGCUGCAACGUGGACGUGGCGCUCAUCGGCAACUACGUGGAGCACAACGUGACGAGGCAGAUGUCGUCGGCUCUGCGCUGGCUGCUCGACGAGGGCGUGAGGACGGGCAUGCUGGCGACGGAGUACCGCCUGCUGGCGCACAACCAGGUCAUGAACACGCUGAGCCCGGGCCGCUGGGCGCUGAUGGAGAUCGCCGACUGGCCGCACCGCUGCCGCUGGGACUGCGACCGGGGCGUCCCCUGCAUCCGUCCAGCCGACGGCGACGACAGCUCCGGCCAGUAGAUCCGCUUGUUCGAGAAUCCAAUCUUGUCAUCGCGUAAUAUCAUUAUGUAACACAGUUGACGACAAACAUGUAAAUAAACGUAAACUUUCUUAGUAAAUACGCUCUCUACAUUA